AACUGUUUCCGGUAACGUAAUCAACAGCUGUAAACCGGCGGACCGUUGUGAAGUGUUUUUUUUGUCUCAAAUAUGAUCUAAACAUGAUAGAUAAUAACUGAUACAACCAUUGGAAUAGUUAUAUGGCUAAACCGGUCGUUUUUGGCCCGUACUUCGUCCAAAAAUAAUUCCUGGAACACGCUGGACGUGGAUACUGUGUUUUUUGCCUAGCCGUCAGCGAAGUAGCCGACCACAAUCAUCAUGUCUACUGCUGUUAGGGAUGCGGCCCGUGUCCCAGUAAGAGUUGCUGGAGAUGGCAUGGAAACUGAGAAAACGCCCUCCAACCUGGAGGUCAGCACAGAUACACUGUCAGCAGGUCUAUCUGCCACUCCCUACAGCAAGGCAGAAACCCCCCAACACUGCCCCAAAUCGAACAGUCUUCCUCUCCCUGUCGGCCCGCAACCCCUUGGGGUGCUCCACUUGGGCAAGGUGAGUAGGGAGACGUGCACGGAGGUCGAGGCCGUAAGGAUUGUCGUCCCUCGUGCCGCCAUAAGUAGAAGCAGCCGCCUAGCCGAGGCGAAAGUAGAUGCCGGGCAACAGUUGGAAGAGCGAAGUUCUUCCCCUCAGCCAUCGGUGGAUGAUUGGAGAGGACAACUAGAGAAGCUUCAGAACUCUGAACGCAGGCUUUUGCAGGACAAGGAAGGCCUCUCCAAUCAACUGCGUGUGCAGACAGAGGUGAACCGCGAGCUCAAGAAACUGCUGGUGGCAUCCAUGGGUGAUGACCUGCAAUACCAAUUUGAGCGUCUGGCCCGCGAGAAGAAUCAGCUGAUUCUGGAGAAUGAGGCUUUGGGUCGGAGUCUGUCUCACACGGCGGAGCAGCUGGAGCGCAUGAGCAUCCAGUGUGACGUCUGGAGGAGCAAGUUCCUGGCAAGCAGAGUGAUGGCAGAGGAGCUGACAAAUGCCAGAACGGCUCUACAGCGUCAGACCCGAGAGGCGCAGGGCGCCAUUCAGGACCUGUUGUUGGAGAGAGUCGAGUUCUCCAGGGAAAUGGCGCUCACACACAGGUCUCUGGAGCAGCUCCUGGUGUCUCUGCAGUGGGGCAGGCGGCAGACGUACUACCCCAGCGCGCAGCCGCUCAGCACAGGAGAGGUGGCGGCGGCCAAUCGCAAACUAGCGGACGCCAUCAACGCUCACCUGUUGGGCAAUACCCGCGGCGGCGUGGCCAAAAGAAGCGGCGCCGCGACGCCCGAUCAGCCGUGCAGCACCCCAGCAGAGAAGAUGGCGGAGAAGGUGCUGAAGAUUUUGGACCCCAAUUCCUGCGGGGAAAACAAGGCGGAGUCUCCGCUCGGCGACUCGCCCGCCUCAAACUUUCUGAGCAGUAAGAAGAGCAUCGGCAGGUUUCACCCGUACACUCGCUACGAGAACAUCACUUUUAACUGUUGUGAACGCUGCCGCGGAGACAUCAUCGUGCUCUAGAACGGCAACGUCAGCAAGUCAUCGCCAUCUUUUUCCAACCAGGGAGCUUUAAGUUUUUAGCAAAUGAUUUGCAAAGCAGUUAGCAGGUUUAUUUUAAAUGGUUUCAAACAAAUGCUGUCCACGGAAAUGAGCCUUUCCCCCCCCUUCAGGGAAUCUAAAAGUCACAGUUUUCAGUCUCCGGCAAAUGUUUAGAAGUUAUUGUUACGUGCCAGUGUUACACAUUUUUUUUGUACUGAAUUUUGCAGGAAUUUCUCGCAAUUGAUGGCUAUCGCCGUCUCUCAUGUUCUUAUUAGGAGAAUUUGGUGCUUUUUUAUGUGUUUUUUUCCCAAAGAUGAGUCUUCACAUCCCAAUUCCUGGUUUUAGAAUAACAUUAUUUAUAAGAGUCAAGCAUUUCAGAGCCGACCACAAGCUGCUGUAUUUCAACGUUGUACUUAAACCCGAUUGAAGCGGUUACAGAAAACUUGAGUUGACACGCAGAAGAAAGUUGAACUUGUAUUUUGAUUAUUGUUCUUAUUUUUUUGGUGGGGGCAUAACUUUUUAUUGUAAUUCAUAAGCGUGUUUAUUUUUCUUUCAAUAUGCAGGACAAUGUCAUAUUUUUUUGCUAAUUUAAUAAAAGAUCAAAAC